AUGUUCAAUGCAGCAUCUCGGCGCGCAUGCGCCUCUACCUCGAAACCUCUACAAUUCCUCCACCAUCGAUCUCUAUCGCGAUCGCUUUCAAGCGCUAAUAGACCAAUUACGCAUUUGCAAGGACACGGCAAACAAAUUCUCUCUCUGUUCCUAUCGCGGCAACCACCCAUCCAGACCCGACAUGCUUCAUACGCCCCGCAGCUUAAACGCGGCUUCCGGAAAGCCUCGAAGAGACAUCCCUUUAUCUUGUCGCUGGGCAUCAUAGUCGCACUUGGGUCAGUUUCUACGCUGGCAUACGUUAUAUAUGAUCAAGUCAUGGUCAAGGGCCCGCAUUAUAGCAGGUACCCUGGGCCGGUCGUGAAAGAGCUCAAAACUGCAGUGUGGUAUACCGAUGUCGACUUGAAUCCUACCCUGGCCCUACAAUCAUACAGGAAAGCUUUGAAACUGGCUAUCGGGCUAGGAAUGCAUCCAUUCUCCGAUGAGGUAAUGGGUAUCAAAUUCCAGGUUGCGGCGAUGUUGGAGAAGGCUGGCCUGGUAGCGCCUGCGGUCGAAGUGUUGGAGCGGACGAAAGCAGAAACCAUGCAUUGGAUAGAAACGAGCAGGAAGAGAGCAUGGGAUGCUACAAAGAAGGUGAAGAAUGAGAAUGAGGCCGAAAAGGACGCCAUUAAAAUCGACGAUCCAGAGUUUCUAGAAACCCAAAAGAAGGAGGAAGAGAACGCCAAGCUUGAAGAGCGCAUGCGAAGAAAGGCUCUGAAAAGAAUGGUUGGAGUACAGCUGAAACUGGCAGAAUUGUACGCGAGCGAUUACAUCCAGGAUGACAAGAAGGCCGAGGAGGCCUUAGUCUCCGGUGUUGAACUGUGUCUCACGGAACUACAACGCCGACAGAGCCUGGGACUGCCCCUUGGCGGUGCGGCGUCUGCCAAUGAUGAUAGUUGGCUGAGCCUGGCUGAGAUGGCAACGAGUUUCGUUGGUCUUGCCUCAAAUUACACGAACCAGGAGCGACAUGCACUUGCACUGCCGCUGUACCUUCGCGCUCUGGACAUGAUCCGGGCGGAGGAAGGUGACACACCAACCUGCAAGCAGGUGGUACUCCUCAAUGACGUUGCGAGCGCGAUGGCAGGACAGGCGCAGACACUGAAAGCUUCAUCUAAGCCGAUAGAAAAGGGGCAGACGGCACCUUCUCGCGAGCAGGCCAUCGACGCUGCCAAGCAAUGGGCGCAGAAAGCUAUUGAUGUCGCUGCCAAAGUCCAGCCUCCCGUCAGAGACCAGGACUGCGAUACUUCCUGUGUCGCGGCUAAAUACAACCUCGGGGAACUCGCAGAGAUGUUGAACCGGCCGGACGAAGCUGGAAGGUUCUAUAUGGAGGCUGAAAAUCUUGCUCGCGGAAUUGGAUUCGAUGAAGGCGUUACCAUGGCGGAGACGGCAUUGAAGAGACUUUGGUCCAAGUAG